AUGUCCCUGUCCAAUCGCCCUGGAAUUGGUGCAAUCUACUCUUUCGUGGAAUUGGUCCGCAACACACUGAACUUCGAUUCUCUUGUUUUUGUGAAUGCUGGACUGGUUGUGGUCGGUUUAGUCGCUUCAUUUCGUUCCGCCGGGCAUGUAUUACAUCACUACGCCGAAAAGAUAUGCUUGUCAACGGUACAUGUGAGGGCAGAAGACCCUCUAUACGAAGAUGUCGUCCGCUGGAUGAAUGAUCAUGCCUUUCGUCGGCGCAAUUUCCUCUCGGUGCUGGCACAGACCACCAAUAACUCCGACAGCGACAAAGCUUUAGUACGAUCGCCACCGAGACCAUUGGAUUCAGAUAGACUGGUUAGCUACCGAGAGGCAGAAGACAACUCUUCCAUCGAGCUGAAGCCUUUUCACGGGUCCCGGUUCUUUCGCUUCAGACGCACAUGGAUGUUAUUCAGCCACUCAGCAAGCAGUCCUGAUAGCAGCAUUCGACCUCCACAGAUGGAUAGUAAUCCCCCACUGAAACUGCAAUGUAUCAGUUUUUCACUUUCUCCGAUCAAGAAGUUCCUGGAAGAAUGCCGUGCCUACAGUCGCAAAGUCUCCGUGUCGAGCAUCACAGUCUAUCGUACCCGACCUAACUCCCGGGACGUCAUUCGUUGGAGUUCAGUCGCUUCACGACCAUCGAGAGAUAUCUCCACUGUCAUCCUCGACAAGCAGAAAAAGCAGAGUAUCCUCCGGGAUAUCAACGAAUACCUUCAUCCACACACAAGACAAUGGUAUGCCAACCAUGGCAUUCCCUACCGUCGUGGAUAUCUGUUCUCCGGGCCUCCGGGUACAGGCAAGACGAGUCUUGCAUCCGCGAUUGCCGGUGUAUUCGGUCUGGAUAUUUAUGUGCUGAGCUUGCUAGACCCUACAAUGACAGAGUCACAAUUCAUUCGGCUAUUUUCCGAAGUGCCCACGCGGUGCGUGGUGCUCUUGGAAGAUGUUGACGUUGCAGGAUUAAACAGGGGAGAACUGAGUCCUUGCGAAGAUAACACGCAGCCCCUUUCCUCGAAGACGCCAUCAUCCAACACCACUGUUUCUUUAUCCGGGCUCUUGAACGCAAUCGACGGCGUCUCGUCGCACGAAGGUCGUAUCUUGAUCAUGACAACAAAUCUACCGCAGAAUUUGGAUCGUGCGCUCAUUCGGCCCGGUCGUGUGGACAUGCAUAUUAGAUUUGAGCUUCCAUCUCACGAGGAGCUGCGAGACCUCUUCUUGAGCAUUUACAGCGACGUUUAUCAGAAUGCUGUCGUCCCUAUCGGAGACAAGAAGAGGGAAACCGGGAGAUUGCAUGACCUUGCAGUGCGCUUUGCGGGGUGUCUUCCAGAGAGACAAUUCAGUAUUGCAGAUGUGCAGGGGUACCUGCUGCGAUAUAAAAGACAACCGGAAGAGGCGUGUGGCAAUGUCAGGGCCUGGGUCGAGGAGAUGAAAUAUGGAGACUCAGGCUCGUGA